UGUACCUCGUAUUCCGUGGACAACCUUCACAGCCCCACGAUAUGGUCUAUGUAAGGGCCACAAAUGAUCCUCUGAAGGGUAUGAAUCUGGGUCUCAAUCUAUGUUCGGUGUGCAAUAGAGUAGAACAAAGCAUUUGAUACCAUUCCUCUUGAUGCAAUGGCACGAAUCGCAGGAGGCUCGAAAGGCUGUCAUGCAUGCCGGAGGCGCAAGAAGCGUUGCGACGAACAGCGACCAUCGUGUGGCCAAUGUCUGUCGCGAAACACUUCCUGUCCGGGGUAUGCGCGCGAAAUGAAGUUCAUAAAUGUAUCCUAUCAGGACAAAUGUCGUUCCAGUCAAGCGGCACCGGAGUCUAGUUCGACCACGGAAGUCAGAUCCCACAGUCGAAAGGUUGAUAGCUGGUCAGAGCUUGCGGUCGCACAUCGCGUGUGCAGCAGUGGGCUAUCCUCCCAUGCCCUUACCCUCCAGCGCUCUGCGGUUGCGUAUUACUGUGGCGCAUACUUCCAUAACAAUGUCAUCCAAACGGGGCUAGACGUUUUUGGAAAGUCGAGCUAUAUCGACUGGAUGGCCUUUACUCCUGACCUCGAUGUAGACGAGCCGAGUUUGAACUCAGCUUUAUUAGCCCUUGGUGCGGCUCGAAUGGGUCACCUUUCCCAGGAUCCUCGUUUGACUCGGAUAAGCUCAGAAUCAUAUUCCCAAUCACUAAGACAGCUUCACAGAUCCAUUCAGAAUGGAACCCGGGGCCUCCGAGACGAGAACCUAGCAAGUAUGAUGUUCUUGGCAAUCUAUGAGAUUCUAGAAGGAUCCUCAAGCAGAGGCCUGGGUUGGGCGAGCCAUACCCACGGGGCCCUCUCAUUGGUUCACUCACAAGGUCUGGACACUGAAUGGUCCCCGGCGAGACAUAGACUGUUUGACGGAUUACGGCUUUCUGCUAUGAUCCACUGUAUUGGAACAAGGAAGCCCACAUACCUCGCAACGCCGGAAUGGACGUCUCUUCCCUGGAAGGGGUAUAAGAAGGAACCGAAACAAUACUUACUAGACCUGAUGGUGGAAAUUCCAGCUUUAUUGCAGAUGAUUGACUCGGCUUUUAACGCGUCAGAUCUUCCUCAGAAUUUGCGAAAGCUGUACACAGUCUGCGAGGAAUAUCUGAGCCUCUCUGCACGUCUACGAGCCUGGUAUGAGGCAUACAAAAGCGACUACCCUAGCAAACUAUACUGGGAACAACCUGCCAGCUUUCAGUCAAGCCACACCAUCGCACAGGAAAGUUUCCCCCCGACAAGCAUCUAUUUUUCUGACUUUGAGACGGGUCAUAUUUACCUACUAUACUGGACCUCUCAUGUCCUUCUCUGCAGCAAUCUCGGUAUGCUAUAUGUGAGCUGUCUAACGAAGGCACCCGAGGGGAGUCGGCCUCCGUUCCCUCCGUUCCCUUGUAAUACACAAGAGAUGCAAGAAAUGGCCGUUAACAUUGCCAAAUCUGCCGAAUACUUCCUUCAGCCAAAGACAAUUGCCUUGGGUGCUGGUGCGAUCUCCUUUCCGGCGUCAAUUGCAUUCGGGUACUUGGACUAUUAUAAUCUCCCUGAGCGCGACUGGUUCUACCAGAUCUUUGAGUAUACUAAAAUGUUUGGUAUUGAUGUAGGGGCUUUUCUUGAAGCAGUUCCAGCGGAAACAAAACUGCACCUUGUGGCGUGUUAGCUCCCUAGUCAUUUGCGACGGUCGCAUCUGCUUAAAACCAGAGUCUUUCUUCC